UCUGGCCGGGGUCGGGCUGUUUACAAGCGUCCUGCCGCACCACCCUCACGCUGGACUAUAAACACAGUUCCUGUCACCGGUGUUUGAUUCUUUCCUGACCUCAGAUCUGAUGGGAGCCUUGACCUAUAAUGACAACAAUGGGACCAGAGGAAACCCACUCUACAAGGUCACAUCAAGGAGACAAAGUGAAUGACAGUCGCUGGAAAAGUCGGGCCGUGGACUUUUCAUUGAUGCAUCGGGCGGCUACUCUCAACCACUGAACCACACGGAGACAUUCCGGACUGUUUUCUCAACGCUGUCAACGUGUAUCAACGCUAGACUCCGUGUCACACAACAUUGGACGGUUUCUUCGUUUAAUGUUUUAGUGUCAAGUUCCGUGGAUCCUGGUUUUAGACAGACCGUACCCUAACAAUCUGGUCGUAUAAAAUUCAUCAUGCAUUGGUCUAGUUCCAUCUGCGCCGUAUCCUCGCUGGUCGUCAUUGUUUUCGUCAUGCCGCAGUCCAGUUUGUUCAAAGUGGGCGGGACGGCGGUGCCCGCGGGUCGGGAAAACUUCAACAAGACCCUCAGGGACCACAUCAUAAAGCAGCGGUGGUUUGAAAGGGUCAAGCAAAUAAUGAACCUGGGAGACCAGUCCCCCGCGACCAAAAGUACGAAAACACCUCGAGAGAACGAACAGUUCAUGGUCACCAAUACCCUGACAACUGACCUCUUGCCGAAGCAGUUAGAGUUAUUCCAAAAUGUUUAUCAUUCGGAAAUUGUCGCGAAAAAUGUUUUAAAGUUUCGCCUGAGAAAUGAAACGAUCAACAACAGGCCGAACGUGACGAAAAUAAAUCUUUACAUCUACGUCCAGAUGAAGGAACCGUCUGCUCCUGCGUCACGUGAUUUGAGCAAAAAGAAAAACGGGAAGAAAGCCAAAAGUAAAACUAUCAAAAUUGAAGGGUUUCUGGUAGACUCUCAGGGCAAUCGUAUGCAAAGUGUUGGCACCUUGCGGAGGACGGUCAUUGGCAGUAACUGGGAGAAAAUGCCGCUGCCGCUGUACCUGAUCAACGCAGCGGCUGAGCCAGAAGGAGACAACACGUUUCGUCUGAAGAUCGAAUGCAAACGCUGUAAAAACCGCGCGCAGCUGUACAUACCCAACAGCACGGGCUCAUCCUGCAAGUCCCAGCGCCGGCUCCGGAAGAAAAAGAAACGUUGCGAUAAGGGAGCUAAUCCGGUGAUUGAUCAAAAGAAAGUGCCGUUUAUCUACAUUGAAGAAAAGACGAUUUUCGGCGGCGGUAGGCGUAAAAGAGCCUCAAAACCAAGCGCUGCUUCGCACCACCAUUUUUCAGAUUGUACAAAUGAGACAGGCGCUCAAACACUAGAAAAUGCCAAUGGCAGUGCGGACUGUUGCAUGUCGGUUAAAUCCUACAUCGAGCUUAGUGAUCUCAAACUUGAUGACGUCAUCGUGGCUCCAACUGGCUUUGAUUUUGUGACGUGUACGGGUACCUGCUCCAAAACCGCUCUAUCGCUGCCGCAUCAUAAAAAGCUCCAUUCUAAACAUGUUCAGCACAGAACUUCACAGAUAAUUCAGCAAUUGCGUCACAGCUCAAAAACUACGCAGUUUCCAAGCGUCACGCCAUCGUCUGCCAGAGAAAAACGUCAUUCUCAAGGUCAAGAAACAAAAAAUGACGAUGUUUUGCAGAAUCCAAAAUGGGGCAGAUUGAAAGUGGGUCGCGCAUGCGCACCAGUUGAAACAGAAAACUUGGUGUUGUUGCACUUUUCUCACGAUCAGAACUUAGUGAUGUCGCAAAUACCAAAUUUUUUGGUCUCACGCUGCGGGUGUGACGGUCAGCUACCCUCUCUUCAAUGACAUGAAUAAAAUGGCAUUUAGACAGUGGUGCAAUGUUUUUUCCCAGAAAGUGGUUUUUCUUCUUGAUUCCUUGACAUUACAUUGUGUAUAUAGUCAGUUCCGCUACAACUCGGAUCUCAGAAGUCCCACUGCAGAACUCUGACGUUCCAAAUUUCAGACGUCCUAGAAGAGACGUCUCAAAACUGGUAAAUCGGACGUCCCUGAGCGGAUCUCAGUCUUCCUACUGUGUAUCCCUGAUGUCCGUUAGGAAAUGUGUACAUAUUGAGGUGUUUACCUACGUAGGUCAUGAAAAGGCUACUUUCAGACCGAGUCUACAGAUGUUUUUAUGCUGAAUAACACUUUACAUUCAGUUACUUCACGUUACUUGUCAAAUUGAACAAUUGCAAUGUUAGGGCUAACUAAUGUAAUCUGUUGGCUAAGCAUUAUAUCGCAAUUUUAUUUUAAGGCACAUGAUUGAAAAUAUCUAAUAAGAAAAUUGCCUACAAAACGAACUUAAACUGAUAAAUGGCAGUAAUGGGGAGGGGUUCUUUGUAAAAAAAAAUUUGCCCCAAAUAUUUAUGUGAUAUUGUUUGAACUACACAUUUCAGGUUGUUUGAACUACAAAUUUCAGGCUUAAGUCUUUGAAUAUAGCUUAUAGUUAAAUGUAGUUAGAAUAUACAGAAGAUGUGCUAAAAUAUUCUAAAAGUAUGCCAGUUUAUAAGAAUGUGAAAGACAAAAAAAAAAUAUCAGAAUCUAUUAUCAUACUGUUUUAACAUGUAUUUUAACAUAACGUUGGAAAACUGUCACUUAAUUAAAUUAAUUAGAUGUACCUCGUACAAACCUUGAGAUGGUAGAGUGACUUUCAUAUGUUCUCUAGCUCCUCCUCACUAUAACACAACGCUAUUAAUAGAUUUUUAACAGUUUCCCUCGUAAAUUUGUCUGAAAUCGUGGGGCUACCGAAUGACGACUUAAAGUAAAUCGGUGAGAGCUCCAUUCACUUUAUAUAAUUAAUUAGGCUAAUAUUUAGUUUUUAAGAUGUGUUUUAGAUAUUUUAAAAGGUAUGUUAUAUUGAAUAACUCAUCAAGCCUAGCAGUGAUAUGGCUGUUUAACGACACUUAUGAAGGAUAUUGCAAUGUGUUUUACAUAUGUAGAUCUCUUCUGCAUAUUUUGAAAAAAUGUAUAUACGAAUGUUUGCUUGUCCAUGCUUUUGUUUGUGUAUGUAAAUAUCACUGACCUGUUUGGCACAGACUAAAACUGUCGAAAUACAGAAAAAAUAAUUUCGAAUGUAAUGGCAACCAGUCAGCUAAUGCUAGUAAGUGUUACAUUGUGUAAGCUUAAGUCGCUCGUUAAAAGCCACGGACACUGAAAAAGCUGGAUGACUGUUGGGCUUCUAAAAAUUGUAUGUGUUUGUUACGUUAUAAGUAAGUAUGGUUUAAAUAUUUAAUGCAUAGUCCCACAACGGUAAAUACAAUAUUUCCACAAUUUAAAAAGCACGUAGGCCUAAAUGUCUGCAAUGUGUCGCCAUUAGGCUAUAUAACAAACAAAUGUUAAAUGUCCCUGCUGACCCACAACACAUUUUCCCCCUUAAUCUUUAAAGUAAAAGUGCAGGUCGCUUGAAUAGAUUAAAUGAAGGAAGGUAAAGAGGGGUAUAUCUAUAGGCUUAUGAGCAUUAGUUGUUUUAAUUGCUUUGGGGUGUAAAGCAAACAAGCAGGCGAUGCCGGGUUGUUGUUUGU